CGUCUGACUCCCGAUCCUUCAGCGAGCUGUUUGCGUCUGACUACCGGCUCCUUCAGCGAGCUGUUGGCGUCUGACUACCGAUCCUUCAGCGAGCUGUUGGCGUCUGACUACUGACAUUUUUGUGCGAUUCUACAUGUGAAAUCGGUUUGCAGUCGGUUCACAAAGUACUCUCGGCAGGAAAACGCUAUCCCUGUCUCUUCAGACCUCUGUUUUAGACUAGAGACUAUCUUGUAGCCGUCUGUCAUCAUGACUAAGGAGAAGACAUGUUAUGUACCACAUGGCCUGAUCAGGGAAAACUCUGGGCCCUGUCUAUCAGAUACAGCGUUAUUUGAGAUGUGAACUGACCUGUUGUGUUCCCUGUUAGGUCACUUCCUGGGGAACCACAGUGUGUUGGACAUCCUGAGACAGGAGGGCUACGAGGUUGUGCACACACCAUCACACUACCAGGAACCAAUCACAGAUUCUUUGUCCCACAGAGAACCAACAGAGAGCCCCAGCGAUGGGGGCUCUGAUGCGGGUACAGUCUCUCCCUCUGACUGGGUGACCAGUCCCUCAGACCUGGAUGAUGGGCCGGAGGGGCUGGAGGAUGAGGAGCUGCCCCACAUGCUGCUGCCAGACAGCCUGAGCCAGCUGGAGGAGUUUGGGAGACACAAGCGCCCCCGGAAGGCCCACCGCGGUCACAGCCGCCCCCACCUCUUCAGUGACCUGUGGGUCCGCAUUGGUGACAGUACCCCACCUCCUCAGCCUAAUGUGAGGAUAACCAAAGGCUACGUGACGGUGGAGCCCGCCCUCACCCACCAAGAGCAGCGCAGGAGGGCAGACCUCUACCCCUCCAUGGAGGCCCCCAGCAAGGCUUCCCCCUCUGCCCUGCCCACCCCCAGCUCAGCCCAGUCCAACACUGGCACCACCCACGCUCUCACCUACCUGCUAACGUUGCUUAUCACUUACCUGCUGUUUACCUCCUGACCACACAGUGGAGCUCUCUCCACACACACACACACACUGACACUGACUGUCUCCAUACCUGAGUGAGCAUUGUUAUGUGUCAUAAUCCUAGAACAUACAAAGAUCUACAUAUAAAGAUUCUGCAAACGGGAACUGGAGGUGGAUAUUAACUGCAAUGGGCAUGGAACAUACAUUAAACAGAUCAUUAGAAUAUUUGCACAUUCACAGGACAUGGAUAUGAGGGUUGGGGACAACAGACAGACAGACAGACAGACAGACAGACAGACAGACAG